CGAAUUAGCUCACACUAUCAAACACUGCCCAACGAGAUUAUCGAAUAUGCUACAGACACUCUUUUCCACUCUGCAAUAUUCCACAGAACCAUCUACCGGUGAAUACAUCAAAUUGUUGUCAGACACCAUAAGACUACAACAUUGCCAAACUCUCCCAGGCUUGAACACGCCUCCACAUUGCGACCACUCUGGAGAACAUUUCACCAGGCCAGACCAACUGUUGUUUUCUUCGGUUUUGUUGUCAUUUCUGUGCUUUGAACUGUAUUCAGUUUGACCUCGUUUGACAUUCGAUCUUCACACCUCAUCUAUCUACUUCGCAAUUCUCUGGCUAGAGGCGUCUACAUUUAAAUCGUAGAUAAAAGAACUCUCUACUCAGCCCGUGUGUCGUCAUCAAAAUGCCGGUCGCAUCUUUGACCAAACUAGCGCUAAGAGCAGUUGUCCGCAAUAUUACUGCUGUUGAUGACGUUGGUUCAUUGGAGUACGAAUGGUGCCAACCAUUUCUCAGGAAAAUUGAUAACCCGGAGCAACUAUACCGGCUUGAGCAGAACUGCCCGCAAAUUGCUGGCAAAGACGACGAGCUAUGGUUGGCAAUCAUCCGCAAGGAAAUUCCAAAUUAUCACAAAUAUCCAGAGGACCUCAAAGCGAGGGGACGCAAAAACUGGUACAAGUUCUACAAAUAUCUUCAAAAACAGGAGGCAGAGGCAGCUCAAAGAUCAAGUCAGAAUCUGGCUGAGCGACUCAAGCGUAUUGAAGACGAACGAAGUAUGGACAAAACUCAAUUUGUACCUGAAAGGAUCACUCAAGGCCCGAAGCGACGACGGACUACGCCCUUGAGACGUUCUACUCCAAGCAUCAUCAGCACCACAAGGAAGCCAUUUACUAAGGCUGCGAACUCAGUACCGCACAAGGUACCCAUCUCCUCCGACCUUAUAGCUCAACGUAAAGCCGCCAAGGAGGCACAGGAGAUGAAGAAAGUACCAAAGAUCCUCCAAAGCGAACCCAGCAGGCCUGCUCCAAAACGGAAGCUUUCCUUUGACGACGAAGAUGAAGACAUAUUCGGAGACUCCAUGGCAUCAAUAGAUGAACCAACGGCUACUCCUCCACGCAAGAUUGCAGUAUCCAAGACCAAACCCGUUCCAAUCAAGCGCAAGACUGUCUCUUACAUACCCCCACCACGUCGUAGUCCAACUGGCUUGACGCCGACGCCAUCACCACCGCCUCCUCAGAAAUCCUCCAACUUUACCGCAAACCUUUCUAAGACAGAUGUCUCAGGACAUAGGCAAACAUCACCGACGAAUUUGCCAGCCAGGCCGCUCAGGCGGAAGAAGAAAGACGUUAGCGUGUUCAUGCCUCCAAACCAGAGUCGCUUUAAAAGGUGACCGCAAGUUAAUUUUACGAAACUCUAUGCAUAUUAGCGAUCUAUUGAAGUAUACUUUAGCGUUCCGGGCCUUGAUAUGAGCUAGGCAUGUUAUCUCUGUUUCAGUCCAUCAAAUAAGGGUUAUGAUUUAAAUGAAAGUACCUGUUAUGAGCAAUGGUAAAUGAUUCAUAGCUCUCUGCUUCGAAGCCUUCGACACUUGUCAGCCGAUUGCAUAGAUUGCGCCGUAGUUGAGCAAGGACAGAU